AUGGAAACAAUCCUCGACAACAGCUUGCAACCGUCGCUGGCGCUGCUCGAGCAGCGUCGCGCCACGCCCAACCGACUGGAGCCGCUGGUGCCGCCGGCGCACCGGCGCCGCAGCUCCGGCGCCUCGACCGCCUCGCUCGACUCGACGGCCGACGGCUCGCGGCGCGGCUCGGCCGUCUCGCAGCGCUCCUCCAGCCUGGCGAGCGAGUGCAGCUCCCACUCGUACGAGCUGGCGGCGCUGCGCCGGCCGUCGACACUCUCGCGACUGAGCCAGACGCUGUCGCUCAGCUCGCAGCGCGGCUCCGUCUACUUCGUCAAGGGCCCGUUCGACGACGCGCAGUGGGCGGUGCUGCCCGGGCCGCAGCGGCUCACCUUCACCCAGCGGCUGGCCUUCCCCACGCUGGCCGGCGGCGAGAUGCGCCACAAGCGGCGCGACCCGUUCAACGAGACCGAGGCGCACAUGAACCUGUUCGCCAAGCUGAUAACGGUCGUGAUCCUGUGCCUGGUGUUCGUGCUGCUGAUUGGGGUGAUGUAUAAAUUUCUCAGGUAG